CACAGCCAGACAGGGUUGGAUGACUGUACACUUGCGAUACCAUCCUCAACUGCUGGUUAUGAUCUGUACUCAGACAACAAGAGAAGACAGAGUGCACUUUUUCUGAACAACUAUUACACUGUUCUACAUUGAAUCUACUGCUGCGAUAUCCAUCAUAGACUGACUCAUCUAUUUCCGUGCCCGCCCGCCCGCCGUUGUCUCUUCUUCUGAUUCAAAUCUUGCUACUCAUCCUUCUUUUUUUAUACUUCCCUCUCAUCUCACCCGGUUCACGCCUUUCCAUUGAUCUGGUUUGACAUCCCCCUUUCAUCCACCCUCAUCCCAUCUUCCGUCCAUACCACUGCACAACUCUGUAUCCGAACUGUGUUGUGCUCACGCCUUCCUCUUCAGUACUUCGGCCCGGCGCCCUCUAGAUGACCACCAUCGACGAGGAAGCCAUGGACGAGUUCUUCAACUUUGACGAUGCCGCCCAUCCAUUGGAUGUCGGCAUUGACCCCAAUGCCAUGGACUUUAGUCAUCUAUCGGACAUGGCAGCCGGCCCAUACGACAUUGAUCUAGCCUUUGCUACACAGACAGACGACGAGAACCACUUUACAUGUCUUCAACAUUUCUCGGCGCCAGAGGACCAUCUUUCUCUUCACGUCAACGCCCUUCCCGAGACUGGAAAUGGGACCGAGACUGCCAUGCAGGAUACCACCAUGAUGGGUCCCGCCGAUUUCAUGGAUUUUCCCAGAUGGAUCGACGGUAUGGACGUCCCAGCUCGUUCGUGCUCUUACUGCCAGCGUAUGCGUCUCCAUUGCAAAGUCAUUAAAGAAGGUCUCCGGAAGGGCUCAUGUACGAGUUGUGUUGCACUAGACCAUUCCUGUAGCUUGACACAUCCCGAGGCCUCGAUCAAGAACAACCGCGGCGGGGGCUUUUGUGUUCCUAAGACCGUGAACGAUACUGAAGACGCUACGCCGGAAGCUUGUGAGCAUUGCUUCAAGCAAGGCAUGGAGUGUAAGGUUAUCAGAGAGGGAAGUCAUAUUGGAUCGUGUAUGGAUUGUGUGACGUAUGCCCGCGAAUGCAAGGCGAGACCGAAGGACUUCCUCUCCGCUUGGGACCUGGAAGAACUUAUGGAAUUGAACCAGAAGAAUCAGAGUCGUCAAUGUCAUAGCUCACUCCCAAAUAGUAGGUCGGGUUCAACAGGCAAUCUCGUGUCUCUCAGAUCAUCAGAAGAGAACAUCAAUGCCGAAUUCGCUGAGAUCGCUCCUAAAGUCGGUCCAAGGUUUUCUCGAGAAUCGAUACGGAUCCUUCGAGGCUGGCUAUCAACCCAUCACGCACACCCUUAUCCAACUGAUGAGGAGAAAGAGUCUCUCAUCCGGCAGACUGGUCUAAACAAGACCCAGAUCACCAACUGGCUUGCGAACGCUCGUCGUCGGGGUAAAGUCAGGCCACCACGCUCCACCUCUCCCAGCGUCAACAACUACUCGAAUGCGAUGGACAUUCCUAGACGAGCGACACCCGCAUUAGAAAACAUGAAUCCCCUGGAAAGAUGGAAAAACUCUCCUCCCGAAAACGAACCUGCUUCCGUCACUGCUAUUGCCAAAGCCGUCACUGCAUCAACAUACUCAUCUGGUCUGGCCAGUCCUUCACUCAGCUAUGGACAAACGGACGAUGGAUCAAAUCGCUCCAUUUGUAAUGUUUCUUCUACGAGCAGUUUGGGGACUUCUCACUCUAGCGGCGGUUCAUUCGCUUCCGCGUUCUCUCAUAAAUCUCGAGGCUCAUAUGGCUCUUUCGGUUCAUUCGGAAACAGAGGACGACGUCGUCGCCGUCGUCAAGCUCCGAAGCCCGUCACAGUCAACCCCGCCCAAGGUCCACCCCGUGCUUUCCAGUGUACGUUUUGCACGGAAACUUUCAAAACUAAACAUGACUGGCAGAGGCACGAGAAAUCGUUACAUUUGUCAUUAGAGCGGUGGGUAUGCUCGCCAGAUGGACCGACACAGUACUGUGCAGAUUACGGACACAACCGCUGUGUCUACUGCGGUCUUUCUAACCCGCCCCUGGAUCACGCUGAAGUUCACAAUCAUUCCAGUUGCGCUGAGCGAUCACUAGAAGAGCGAACGUUCUACAGGAAAGACCAUCUCCGCCAACACUUGAAUCUAGUCCACGAUGUCAAAUUCCAAUCUUUUUCCAUGGAGACAUGGAAAGUGGCCACACCCGAAAUCCGUUCUAGGUGUGGUUUUUGCGGCAUAGUGAUGGAUUCGUGGACGAUCAGAGUUGACCAUCUUGCUGAGCAUUUCAAAGGCGGUAAAUCUAUGGCUGACUGGAAGGGCGACUGGGGUUUCGAACCACAAGUUUUGGACAUUAUUGAAAACGGAAUGCCUCCAUAUCUUAUUCACGAUGAGCGUAAUAGCAUGAAUCCAUUCGAGGCUACGAAGGAGAAGACCAAGGACGCAAACGAGAAAAGUCUCGAAGAUUACGUCAAAAUUGGACUGGUGGAAUAUGUUCAUGAUGCGGUCUUGAGAGGAGGCGUGCCAACGGAUGCAGAUCUUCUUGUUGAGGCUCGCAAGAUCGUCCACAAGGUAGAUGACGUUGCUUUUGGAAAACAUCCUGAAGGCUCUUGGUUCAGAGAUCUCAUUCUCCUGUCUGGAACAACAGAAGAAGAGAUGCCCGAACGACCUGGCUCACCAAAUUACUCUUGUAUCAAGGGAGUCGAGCUAGUCAACGCUCAGGUGGCUCCAGAGUCUGCACAUGUUGCACUCUCUACUUGCAUCAAGCAAAGAUCGUUGAUGAAAUUCGUUGAGAGCAAGCUGGCUUUGGGCCUAACGCCCACUGAUAGCGAGCUGCAGGCCGAAUGCUGCAAAAUUCUCGAUGAUAUUGAAAAACAGUCGAGUGUUCAGAGCAAGCCUGCUGUCGCUUGGUUCAAGUUUCUAAUCAAUCAAUCGGCUUGUUGGCUUAGGGGCUUUCGAAGAAGGGCUGGACUGCCAAGAAGUUCCGAGAUACUGUCUGAGCAGAUCAGGUCCUUGGAUGACAAGAGUAUCGAUUACAGCAUCCACAACCACGCGAGAUUGGUGCACGAACUGAAAGAUUGGGUUCGUUUCCAAGUGUCCCUGGGAACUUACCCGAGUGAUGUGGAGCUUCAGAAUCAAGCACGAAUGAUCGUGUUCAAGAAUGAUGAUCCGUGGAACCAAACAGCUAUCGACGACCCAUCGAUUCUCCACCAAUUCAAACAACAAGCUGGACUCGUAACCAUGGGCGACUUUGCUUCCCAAGGACUUAAUAUGCCUGUCCUAACCGAAGUCAGUGAGGGAUCCCAACCAUCUCCAAAGGCUCUUCACUGGGAUUUGGACAGCACUGGAAUGACUCUGCCAUCGCCUGGAAGUGGGGAGUCAACAGGGUCAACACACACUCCUGUCGAUGCACCUCUCCACACACUCAUUCAAAACCAGCCCUCUACGAAUACCAAUCCAACACAGCCGCUCAAGUACUUCUUGAAUGAUGCAAACUGUUAUGGGAGAUUGGCUCGAGAGUUGACUCGAUUUGUAACGACUUGCAUGUCACCCAACAACCCAAAUCAACAUCUUCCAUCCGACGCCGAAAUACAAAAUCAAGCUCGCUGGGUAAUCUAUGACGAUGACGACCCCUGGAACCAAACAGCAGCCGACAACGCCGAAUGGCUCAUCCGCUUCAAACGCGACGUUGGACUCUCCCCUUCCGACGGCCCCGGCCUCCCCAGCUCCCACCCAUCAUGGCGCAUCGCCGAUGGUGGCACUGGUUUCGCUCCACCCUUCCUCAUGCCCCAAGUCCUCCCCCCAUCCGACAAAUUCUCCACCGACAUCCCCGUCACCAUCGACCACAAAACCUACAACAUCAAAGCCAAGACGGCCCAGAAAUUUGUCAAGGGCCUCUCUCAGCGCUGGCAGAAACCUGCACAGGUCUUCUGCUCCCGCGAUCUCGAAUCCAGUCUCAGCGCUUUCGUGCAGGCCGAACUCGCUGCUGGGCAUUGUCCUACAGAUGAUGAGCUGCGCGCCAAGGCGAGAACGAUUCUGGGGAUGGAGAACACGGCUGCGGAUGAUGUCGAGCUGUUGAGAAAGUUUAAGGCUAUGCAUGGCAUUACGAGCACGAGUAUUGGGCUUCUGGGAGGUGGUGGCAUGCCCAUGGCGGUGAUGGAUGAUGAGUUCCUGGCUGAGUUCGACAAUGAGUUGAGCGGCAUGGACUUGACCACUGUUGACUUUUCGGGGUCGAAUUCGCUGUCACAUUCACAUUCAAAUUCCAACAGCAACUCGAAUUCUAGCUCUGGUGGAGCAAGUCCGGAGUUCUCCAUCCCUCAGAUGCAACAGCCCCAGCCGAUUUCGAACCUCUCCGCACAACUCCAAUCCCAGUCUCACUCCUCCUCACCUUCUCCCCCCCAAUUCCAGACCCAGAACCAGACACACUCUCCGAAUCAAUCACAACCAACGCUCCACCAACCCACUCCCCGCAGCAAGGGCGACGGCCCAGCAAUCGACUACGCUGAACUGUACCGCGUGCAUGCCGCCACUGCUAGCCCUUUAAGAAGACGAGCGAGUGCCAAGAUGGCUGCGAGGAAUGGGUUUGUUCUUGGAGGUGGCACUGGGAGUGUCGAUAGAGUCGGGAAUGGGAGCGCGAGUGGGAGUGCGAGUGGGAGUGGUAGUGGGAGUGGGACGCUGGAAGGUGUUGGCGAGGAGUUUGUAGAGGAGUUUGGGGAGGGGAGUGGGAUGUUGCUUUGAAUGGCAAACAAAUCCAUCCAUUGCAAGUGCCAUUCCUCUGCGAAGAUUUGAGGGACUUGCCUUCUUUCUUUCUUGAUGACUUUUCCUACGUGGGCGGCAGUUUCUGCUUUUUCUCUGCUGAGAUGAUUGGGUUUGGGUUUGGGUUUGGGUUUGGGUUCAAUUCGAAUUGAUGUAUGCGAGAGGAGAAGGCAAGAACAAGCAGGAGCUGGAGCAGGAGCAGGAGCAGGAGCAGUAAUGAAAAAAAAGGAGGGGAGAAAAUAAAACUAGUCCUUUUUCUUUUUCUUUUUCUUUUUCUUUUUCUUUUUCUUUUUCUUUCUUUUAACUAUUUCGGAUAUUGGGAUAGUAGGGUCUGUUUUUUGGGUGGAGGGAACAGAACCAGGGAACCAGGCAUGGCGUUUAUGUAUGUUUCCUUUUUCCUUUUUUGGGGGGGUGGGUCAACCCAGGAUUGAGAUGUUAAGUUAUGUUUUCUUCAGAUAGUUGCGUUAAGCUAAGUUAAGUUAAGCGAGAUUCUAUGUUUUUGUUGACGUAUGAAAAUGAAAAGGAGAGAAGAGGAAAGAAGAUAAGGGAAGAGAAGAGAAGAGAAGAGAAGAGAAGAGAAGAGAA